UUUGUGAAGUUCGUGAUCAUCGGCGUCACUGUACUGGUGGUGGCGGUGCCCGAAGGUCUUCCACUAGCCGUCACGCUGGCGCUGGCCUACAGUGUCAAGAAAAUGAUGCUGGAUAACAAUCUGGUGCGCCAUUUGGACGCGUGCGAGACGAUGGGCAACGCGACGGCCAUCUGCUCCGACAAGACGGGGACGUUGACCACGAACCGGAUGACUGUCGUCCAGAGUUUCAUUUGCGGCGUUCACUUCAAGAAUGCGCCCAAAUAUGAAUCCCUUUCUCCGACUGUGGCGUCCAUUCUCGUCGACGCCAUAUCACUCAAUAGCGCCUACACCACACGCGUUAUGCCUCCCGAUAAUCCGGGUGAUAAUCCCAAACAAGUGGGUAAUAAAACCGAAUGUGCGUUAUACCCCAAACACAAUCUGAAUCCGUUUUUGAUAGUCUGUUUUGCCCUGAGUUACGGGCUUCUGUUCGAGGUGUUUCAGAUAUGCUUCCGGGUCUUCACGAAGGGCGCCUCUGAGAUCGUGAUGAAGAAGUGUAUGUUUAUAUACGGAAAGGACUAA